AGGUGGAGGAUUGAGAGAGAAGAAAAGGUAACAGAACAACAACAGAGUGUGUUGUUGUCUUGUUGAAGAGGGUUUUGCUUUCUUAUACACAAACCAAACCACGCGUCAUCGGUUUUCGUAAUCGAUGAAUACGACGCCGUUCAUGGACAAGCAGAUAAUGGAUCUCACUCAUGGAUCUUCUUCUCCUCAGCAGCAAUCACACACCAACGACUUCAUCGACCUCAUGAAGCAUCCACAAGAACACGAAGAACAAGAAGAAGAAGAAGAACCACAAUUCCAACAUCAUCACCAUCAUCAUCAGAAUCUGAAUCAUCAUCGAGUUGUUGAAGAUGAAGGCCGUGGUGGCGGCAAUGGAAUCAACACUGAUGACAUCGUUCCCAGCUACGAUUUCAAACCGAUUCGCCCACUCGCUGCUUCUAAUUACGAUUCUGCCCCUAAUCUCAGUGCCGCAUUUUCCAGGCCUUGGAAUUCUGAUUCCAACCAACCCAUCACUAAAAGUUACAGUUCUCUGGAUUCUAUUGAACCUUUGAAGGUCAAUGUAGAAAAGGACCGAAAUGCUUUUGAUCCUCAAAUUUUGUCUGAGAUAGAUCAGACCGUGAAGAAACAUACGGAAAAUUUGCUUCAUGUUCUGGAAGGUGUUAGUGCACGGUUAACACAACUAGAAACCAGAACACGCCAUCUUGAGAAUUCUAUGGAUGAUUUGAAGGUAUCUGUUGGAAAUAAUCAUGGUAGCACUGAUGGAAAAUUUAGGCAGCUGGAGAAUAUUCUUCGAGAGGUGCAAUCAGGGGUGCAGACUAUCAAGGACAAGCAAGAUAUAGUGCAGGCUCAGCUGCAAUUGGCAAAGCUACAAGUAUCCAAGACAGAUCAACAAUCUGAAACUCAAACUAGUGCAGGUACAGAUCCUGUCCAGCAAGCUGCAUCUGCUCCCCUGCAAUCUCAACAACAGUUUCCUUCCCCUGUUAAUCUCCCACAGUCUAUUCCUGUGGUUCCUCCCCCUAAUGCACCUCCUCAACUGCCCCCCCAACAGGGUUUGCCACCUUCAUUUCCACCUCCAAAUCAAUUCUCUCAGACCCAAAUCCCAGCUGUUCCUCAGAGAGAUCCAUACUUCCCACCACCUGUUCAAUCUCAGGAAACCCCAAAUCAGCAAUACCAACAGCCUUUAGCACCGCAGCCACAUCCUCAACCUGGGGCACCUCCGCAUCAGCAAUAUCAGCAGACCCCUCAUCCCCAGUAUUCUCAGCCAGCACCUCCCCAGCAUCAGCCACCAAUUCCUUCCAUAAACCCGCCUCAACUACAAUCUUCACUGGGUCACCAUGUAGAGGAACCACCUUAUGUUCCUUCUCAGACUUACCCUCCCAAUCUCCGCCAGCCACCAUCUCAGCCACCUAGUGGACCUCCUGCUCCUCCUUCCCAGCAGUUCUAUGGGACAGCACCCCAUGCAUAUGAACCACCACCAAGUAGGUCUGGCUCAGGUUACUCUUCUGGAUAUGGUUCAUCAUCCGGGCCGGCUGAGCAAUAUCGUUAUGGUGGACCACCUCAGUAUGGUGGUAAACCACCGCAACUACCCACUGCUUCAUUGGCUGUAAGUGGUGGAAGUGGUUAUCCACAACUCCCAACUGCUCGGGUACUCCCACAAGCUAUACCUACAGCUUCUGCAGUAAGUGGUGGUGGUUCAGGUUCUGCUGGAACUGGAAGCAAAGUUUCUAUUGAUGAUGUAGUCGACAAAGUUGCUACUAUGGGAUUCCCUAGAGAUCAUGUGAGGGCAACAGUUAGGAAGCUAACAGAGAAUGGUCAAUCAGUUGAUCUAAAUGCAGUGCUGGAUAAGCUUAUGAAUGAAGGUGAUAUGCAGCCAACAAGAGGUUGGUUUGGUCGGUAGCAUGGCACAAUUAAUUGAACUUUGUAUAGAAGAAUCCCUUUGUUUCGUGAUGAUGGUUUAUGAGGCAGAGGGACUCUGUGGUUGGAUUGUGCCAAAUUGGAUAUUUUGACUUCUUUUUUCUUUUAUUCUCGUUUUUUUGGAAAGUUGAAACUGGUAUGCUUUCUUAUGGUUCAGAUUUAUGACUAUCUUGAUCUUGUUCUGUAUAUUCAAAAUAAAUAGAGUUGGAUUUGGAAAAUUACAUUGGCUCAAUUCUGCCACUUAACUAAAUGUAAUAAGAUUUGUUGGUUAUAUCCCA